GAUGAAGACAAACUGACCUGGAAAGACCGGUUCCCUGGCUACUUGAUGAACUUCGCCUCCAUCCUGUUCAUGAUCGCCCUGACGUUCUCCAUCGUCUUCGGGGUCAUCGUGUACCGUAUCACCAUGGCGGCCGCUCUGUCCCUCAACAAGGCCACGCGCUCCAACGUGCGGGUCACGGUGACCGCCACGGCCGUCAUCAUCAACCUCGUGGUCAUCCUCAUCCUGGACGAGAUCUACGGCGCCGUGGCCAAGUGGCUCACCAAAAUCGAGGUUCCUAAGACCGAGCAGACAUUCGAAGAGCGUCUGAUCCUCAAAGCCUUCCUGCUGAAGUUUGUUAAUGCCUACUCUCCUAUCUUCUACGUGGCUUUCUUCAAGGGCAGGUUUGUGGGCAGGCCGGGAAGCUACGUCUACGUGUUCGACGGAUACCGUAUGGAGGAGUGUGCUCCGGGCGGGUGCCUCAUGGAGCUCUGCAUCCAGCUCAGCAUCAUCAUGUUGGGGAAACAGCUGAUCCAGAACAACAUCUUCGAGAUCGGGGUCCCGAAGCUGAAGAAACUCUUUCGGAAGCUGAAAGAUGAGACCGAAGCGGGAGAGAUGGACCCCGCCCAUUCCAAACAGCCGGAGCAGUGGGACCUGGACUACAGCUUGGAGCCCUACACCGGGCUGACCCCGGAGUACAUGGAAAUGAUCAUCCAGUUCGGGUUCGUCACCCUCUUCGUGGCCUCCUUCCCCCUGGCCCCCGUGUUCGCCCUGCUCAACAACGUCAUCGAGGUCAGGUUGGAUGCCAAAAAGUUUGUCACCGAGCUGAGGCGGCCGGAUGCCGUGAGAACCAAAGAUAUAGGGAUCUGGUUCGACAUUCUCUCCGGCAUUGGCAAGUUCUCGGUGAUCAUCAACGCUUUUGUCAUCGCUGUCACCUCGGACUUCAUCCCCCGCCUGGUGUACCAGUACUCCUACAGCCACAACGGUACCCUGCACGGAUUCGUGAACCACACGCUCUCCUUUUUCAACGUGAGCCAGCUGAAGGAGGGAACCCAGCCCGAAAACUCGCAGUUCGACCAGGAGGUUCAGUUCUGCAGGUUCAAGGACUACCGAGAGCCUCCCUGGGCGCCCAACCCCUACGACUUUUCCAAACAGUACUGGUCCGUCCUGUCCGCCCGCCUGGCCUUUGUCAUCAUCUUCCAGAACCUGGUGAUGUUCCUGAGCGUGCUGGUGGACUGGGUGAUCCCCGAUGUCCCCACCGACAUCAGCGACCAGAUCAAGAAGGAGAAGAGCUUGCUGGUGGAUUUCUUCCUCAAGGAGGAGCAUGAGAAGCUCAGGCAGGCCGACGAGCCGGGCCGCAGCAGCCAGAGGAGCCGCCGGGCGGCCAGCUCGGCCCCCUCCGCCCGCAGCCAGCCCGGCAGCCUGGCGUCCUCCGGGUCCCAGCACACGAAUGUGUGA